UGACGAUGACAAGUGGCUUAUCGCCGAUGAGGUAGCUAACCCUUCAGCCAAUCAGCGGAGACUUUAUUAUGGGGCGGAGGAAGCUGCGGGUUUAGGGCUUCCGGCAUUAAAACAGUACAAGUGGUUUGGAAGGUCGGUUUUAAGCUCAGGUUAGUAUGAUCAGAAGGAUUGUGGGAAAAACCCUGGGCUUCUUAGGAUACACCAUCCAAUAUGGCUGCAUAGCGCACUGCACUUUCGAGUACAUUGGAGAAAUUGUUAUUUGUUCUGGGCCCUCAAUGGAACCAACCAUACGGAAUUACGAUGUUCUGCUCUGCGACAAUUUAAGCCGACACGUCUUUUCAAUCCAUAAGGGUGAUAUCAUCAUUGCCAAAAGCCCAGACAAGCCGAGCGUUAACAUCUGCAAGAGAAUCAUUGGACUGGAAGGCGACAAAGUUUGCACGAGCAGCCCCUCGGCUCCCCUCAAAAGACACACUUACGUCCCGAAAGGUCAUGUUUGGUUAGAAGGUGAUAAUCUAGAAAAUUCCACUGAUUCAAGAAGCUACGGGCCAGUCCCCUAUGCACUGAUCAGGGGUCGUAUUUGUCUACGGAUAUGGCCUCUCGAGUCUUUUGGGCCACUGAAGAAAAGUCCAAAUUGGCGGAUACAAGAUAAUUGACUAUAAUUAUUAUUAUUUAGAGUUCAUUUAAAAUCAUAAAAUGUUAAUUUCUCUUUUUUUUUUUUUUUAGAUUAUUUACAAUAAAUAUUUUAAUUUUUUUU